GGGGCGGGGCCCCGAGCCGUGGGGCGCGCCGAGGAUGACGCGGGUUCUUUCUCUGGGCGCGAGGUCCUGUACCGGAAGCUUUCCGAGACGGUCCUCGGGGGAAAAAACCUGGCUCGGCCUUUGACGGGCAGACCGACUGUGAGCCCAGAAGAGAGUUAGAGUUGUUCCCUGAUAGCUCUGCUGCUAACCGUAGGCAAAGCAGUAACGAUUCGUUCAGCAACCCGAGUGCCGAGCUCCCGCCAUUGCUAGACCCUGAGCUUGGCACAGUGGGGAAUUUCCGAAGGUAAAUAGGAUCCGGUCCCUGCCCUCAGAGGAGAGCAUAGUCUGUCGAGGGAGUUACCGCAACCUAAAGUAGAAUGGAUCUGCCUGUGGAUGAGUGGAAAUCAUACAUAUUUCAGAAGUGGUCUUUGCUCCCAAAGUCCAUUCAGGACACAAUUUCUACGGCAGACACUUUAAGGGAUAUCUUUCUUCACUCCUCUUCGCUGCUUCAACCAGAGGAUGAGAUGUUUUUAAAAAGUCUCUCUAGAGGUUACCUGGUGGGAAAGGAGCCCAACGCUCCCCCUUUCUACAGAGAAGAAGGAAACAAAAAAUUUCAGAAGAAGGAUUAUAUGGGAGCCACAGUGCUAUACUCUAAGGGAAUAUCGCAUGCAAGGCCUCACAGUGCAGACAUUUCACUGUGUUAUGCCAAUCGCUCUGCGGCCCUCUUCUACCUGGAUGAGUAUGAAAUGUGUCUUAAAGACAUCACGAGAGCACAGAUGCAUGGGUAUCCGGAAAGUUUGCAACCCAAGGUGACGUUGCGUAAGGUCGAAUGUCUGGUGACCCUAGGGAGACUACAGGAGGCAGGCCAGACCAUCAGGGAUCUUGAAAGUAACUUUGCUGCCAAACCAAGCCUAGCAGCUGCCCAGUUUCAAAUUCUGCAAAGAAACCUCUGUCGUCUGAAAAUGAAGGUACAAGAAAGGGAGAAUCUCACAGCAUCCUUCCCAGCAACUCUAACGAAAGCCUUUGAGGAUAUGGACCUAAGGGAAGAGAAUGAACAGAUUCCCGGUGCAUCAUCAUCUGUCAGCCUAUGCAUGGACCCUUUAAAAGGCCGCUGUCUGAUUGCCACAAAAGAUAUUCUCCCGGGAGAGCUCUUGGUGAAGGAGGAUGCUUUUGUGAGUGUCCUUAACCCGGGAGAAAGGCCACCACUACAUCAUGGCUUAGAGGGCAAGUGGGAUACCAGAGUUACUAAUGGGGACCUCUACUGUCACCGAUGUUUGAGGCACACUUUGGCCACUGUUCCCUGUGAUGGAUGCAGCUACGCCAAGUACUGCAGCCAUGAGUGUAUGCAGCAGGCCUGGGAUCUCUACCAUAAUAGAGAGUGUCCUCUAGGAGGCCUGCUGCUCACCCUGGGUAUCUUUUGCCACAUCGCCCUGAGGUCGACUCUUCUAGCUAGAUUUGAGGAUGCCAGCGAAGUCAUAAGAAAGCUCUGUGUUGAGAUGAGUAACAAGGACAUGUGUUCACCUGAAAGUGAGAAUCUGGUACAAACACCCAGUUCUGACCCGGGAGGGGAGAGUGAGGAAAAUGGCAAAACAGUUAAGACCCCGGUUCCAGGGUGUGAUCUUAAUGGCAAAUACGAAAAUAACUAUAAUGCUGUCUUCCACCUCAUGCCCCAUACUGAAAACCAUAGCCCAGAGUACAAAUUCCUCUGUGCGGUCAGCGUGUCUGCGCUCUGCAGGCAGCUCGAGGCCGCCGAGUCCUCGAAGCCGGCCACAGCGCCUCCUGCUCGGCGUUUGGAGUUGCGUGCCUGGGGAGUGGCCAUGUUGAAGCACAUGCUCCAGCUGCAGUGCAACGCUCAGGCGCUGACGAGCAUUCAGCGACCAGCACUUUCAGGAUCUAAAGAGAACAGUGUUACCAACAGCAGACAGGUCCGCCUUGCCACAGGCAUCUUCCCUGUUGUCAGCCUCCUGAACCAUUCCUGUAGCCCCAACACCAGCGUGUCCUUCAUUAGCACCGUCGCCACCAUCCGGGCAUCAGAGAAGAUUGGAAAAGGGCAAGAGAUCCUCCACUGCUAUGGGCCUCACCGCAGCAGGAUGGCUGUUGCCGAGAGGCGGCAGAAGCUGAGGUCCCAGUACUUCUUUGACUGCGGCUGCCCGGCUUGUCAGAAGGAGAAGCACCGGGCUGCCGUCGGGCCCCGGUGGGAGGCAUUCUGUUGUGACCGGUGCAGAGCACCCCUGCAGGUGAAGCUCUCUUCUCCCUUCUCUUCUCCACGUGUGCUGGAGGGAGGUGACGUUCUGAGCUGUGGCAGCACGUCCUGUACGGAAUCAGUCAGCAGGGAUCACCUCAUCUCCCGGUUACAGGACCUUCAGCAGCAGGUUGGGCAGGCCCGGAAGCUUCUCACAAGUGGUCAACUAGAGCGAGCCAUUCAGCUGUUGUUGGGGUGCCGGCACGACGCUGAGAGCUUCCUGUCAGCAGAACACAGCAUGGUAGGAGAGAUGGAGGAUGCCCUGGCCCAGGCCUACGCUGCCUUAGGGGACUGGCAAAAGUCAGCUACCCAUCUCCAGAAGAGUCUCCGAGUGGUUGAGGUUCAGCAUGGGCCAUCCAGUGUUGAAAUGGGCCAUGAGCUCUUCAAACUGGCCCAACUCUUUUUCAAUGGGUUUGCAAUCCCAGAAGCACUGAACACAAUACAGAGGGCAGAAAAGGUUCUGAUGGUGCACUAUGGCCCUUGCAAUGACGAGAUCCAGGAGCUACAGAAGAUGAAAUCUUGUUUAUUGGACUCGCCACCCAUCUCAUUGGGGCCUUCAGUGUAGGAACCCAAGGUUUUCGUCAGAUAGUUAACUACCCUCCCAUAAAAACUCCCAGUUCCCAGAAAAGACUUGAAACUAGUGUCUGGAGAGCCUAAGCCCUUUAAAAGGAUUUUAGCUGAUCUGCAGGCAUCUGGAUGUUAGCCUGGGGUUUUGGCUAGACUCCAUCUCACUAAAUGAUGAUAGUCUAUUUCCCUGGAACAUUCCUAUGGCUUCUAGUAGUAAUGACAUGUUAUGUACCACUCCAAUGGGAACUUAUGCUCUUAGUAGUUGUGUUGUAAUUGAAAAAUAAUUAUAAAGCAAGAAAUCACCGAGGCUCCUUACCUCUAGAGACAUCAUUUCAUGUUAUCGUAUCUAGCUUUCUCGAAUCCUUUGUUAAAACUGGUACAGUGUAAAUUGUGAAUAGAGAAAUAAGUAUGGGGCCACUUUAUUGUUGGGCAGUCUCUUCCUGGGAUGGCAACUCUAAAUUUGUCUCCUACCAGUUUUCCAGUCCUUAUUAUUGGCCUCUCCUUCUGUACUCUUGGCAGACCCGCUGACCAAACACUAAUAGAAUCAUUGCUGCUUGUGGUUUCAGACUCGAGCGACAGAAGGGAGGGGUGAUAGCUCUUUUCUGCCUGGAUGUGUAGAACAAUAGUCUAGAUUUCCAUCCUGGCCAGAAGGCUGGGAGACUCUCUGUUCUGAAUCCUGGUUGCCAUAUCACCGUCUGUGACCGAGUGGUUCCAGUGAGUUAGUGGAAAGGAACGUCAGGUCCAUGCUGCUUUGAGAGCUUGCCCUCCCUGGCCUGCCCAGGAAGUCCCCACUGUUAGCCUCAGCAUUCUCAUCAGGAAAUGAAUAGCCUGGAGAUGUCUGGCAGUACCUUUUCAGGAAACUUAGUGUUUAGAACACAGUUUACGUUCAAACGUGUGAGUGAAGGUCAGGCAGGAUCUCAUUUAUUCUUCUUUCUACUAAUUCACUGUGGCAAGACAGUGGCCAGUGAGAUUUUUUUUUUUCAUGGAGAUAAAUUUUUAUUCUUGAAAAUUUAGUCCUGAGGACAGCUCUGUAUUCUGUUCCAAACACUUGUCAUGUUUCAUGUUCCUAAAAAAAGGUCCUCUUAUACUCUGUAAAAUAGGCAUGCUUCCUUAAAAAGAAUGUGUUUAGAAUUUUCACAUAUCAGGUUCCCAUUUUAGGUGUACUUGGGAGCUUUCCUUAAAUGCUUUAUGAAACAUUUCCUUAAGUUACAAAUCACCUCUCUUAUCUGUCCGUGUGUUAUCCUGUGUUGUCAGGUGACAUUAGCUUGACUGGGGGAUGUCUGUGCUUGCAUGAAAAGCUGAAGUUUUGGGGCGCCUGGGUGGCUCAGCCGGUUGGGCAUCUGCCUUCGGCUCAGGUCAUGAUCCCAGGGUCCUGGGAUCGAGCCCUGCGUCGGGCUCCCUGCUUGACGGGGAGCCUGCUUCUCCCUCUCCCUCUGCCUGCCACUCCCUCUGCUUGUGCUCUGGCAAAUGAAUAAGUGAAAUCUUUAUAUAAAUAAAUAAAUAAAUAAAUACAUAAAUACAUACAUACAUACAUACAUAAAUAAAUAAAUAAAUUAUAUAUAUAUAUAUAUAUGCGCAAGCAAGCAAGCAAAAGUUUUUGGGGGCACCUGGGUGGUGCAGCCAAUUCUUGGUUUCGGCUCAGGACGUGGUCUCAGGGUCAUGAGAUCAGGCCCUGCGUCAGGCUCCGCACUCAGCACGAAGUCUGCAUGAGAUUCUCUCUCCCUCUCCCUCUGCCCCUCCUGCUCGUGUGUGCGCUCUCUCUCUCUACAAUAAAAUAAAUAAAUCUAAGAAAAAGAAAAGCCCUAAGGUUUGAUUUAUUUAAGAGCAUACCCCACUGAUUGUGGGGGCAGGAGAUACCCUCUUGCAAGCAUUACUGGCCCUAGUACAUAAACACUCCCAGAGCAGAGAAUCCACCCUGCAUUAUACAAUGAAGAUAACUAAAAGUUCUUAUAAGUGGUGACUUUCUGCAGAGUUUAGAGAGACCAGGCUAUAAGUAUAGGACCAGCAAAUCACGAAAGGGCUAUUUAUCUUCAUAUUAAACUUAACAUAGCUCAGAACA